AUGGGAGUAGAGAAGCAACUCCUCAGAGCUGGAACCGGUCCCAAACCGGUCGCUGGUCAGACCGUCACCGUCCACUGCACCGGUUUCGGCUGGGAUGAAGGUGUAAUGGGAAUGCAGGUGGGCGAAGUCGCUCGGUUGCGGUGCUCUCCUGACUAUGCUUAUGGUGCCGGUGGUUUCCCGGCAUGGGGUAUUCAGCCCAACUCAGUUCUGGAUUUUGAGAUUGAAGUUCUGGGUGUGAAGUAA